AUGUCACCGUUGCCGACGUUGAUCUUGUGCCAUGGCGCCUGGCAUACGCCUGAAUACUGGGAUCCGGUUAAGAAAAUUCUCGAAAGCAAAGGGUAUAAAUGCGUUGCCCCGGCCAUUGGCUAUAAUGGCCGUGCCGGCGAGAAGCCGCUGCAGUCACUGAAGCCUGUCGUCGAUGCUCUGCAGGAGGUCGUUGCCGAGGAGACAAAUCAGGGCAAUGAUGUCGUUGUGGUCAACCACUCGAUGGGGGGCAUGGCCGGCACAAGCGCCAUCAAAGGCCUCACGAAGAAGAACCCAUCGAGGCUAAGAAGUGGAAAGUCCGGCCAUGUGCUUGGGUUGGUCCAGCUCACAGCGUGGGUGCCUGUUGCAGAUGAAGUCUCCCUGGCCGAUCUGGCGCAGGACUUCACACGCAGAAACCCGGGGCCGAAGGAUGUCCAGCUUGUUGCUGAGGACCGAGGUUCUGGUUGGUUGGAGCUGAAUGGCGACCCUGCUAAGGCUUUCUACAACGACAUGUCGCCGGAGGAAGGGGAGAAAUGGGUUUCCAAGCUUAUCAACUUCUCCAAUGCGACCCGUUCGGCUCGUGAUUCUGUCUAUGCUGGGUGGAAGGACGUGCCGAUGUGGUACCUAGUGUGCACCAACGACAAGGCCAUUGUACCACAGCUACAACACGACUUAGUCAGGAGAUGUCGCGAAGCUGGCGCAGAUGUCAGUACCCGGGAGUGCGAAGCGGGUCACUCACCAAUGCUGAGCAAACCGGAAGAAACUGUGGCGUUUGUGGAGGACGCUGUCAAGGCAUUCUCAACGCAAGAGACACUGUGA